AUGACAUACCUAACUCACUCUUUGCUCUUCUUCUUCACUUGCUUGUCUUUGCUUCUUCGUGUCUCCAUUGCCGGAAGCAGACCUGUUCAUGGUCCAGCUUAUUCACACCCAUCUGCUUUCUCUCCAGAAGCUUACGAUUUCUUUCACCCAAAAUCAUCACUACCUGACAAUAAUCCACCAAGAAACUCGCCUUCUUCGCCGCCACCGUUUUCACCUUCACCUUCACCUUCACUUUCAAAGUCAUCUAAUCUAGAAGCAGAUACACAAGGAAGUAAAGUUUCAUCAGACGAGCACACACGCGAGAGUAAUAGAGAAGAAGGACGAGGAGAAACCGUUGGAAUAGUGUUAGGCAUAUCUUUCGCAGCAUUUCUCUCUAUGGGAAUCUACUUUGUGAUCAAGAAACGACGUGCUAAUGUAAUCCGGACGAUUGUUAUCCAUUCUGAUGCUUGA